AUGAGGCGGCAGCUGGCCGACGUUGGCUGCAAACUGCACGAGGUGGAGGCUGACGGCAAUUGCCUCUUCCGUGCUCUAGCCGACCAGCUCUAUGGAGACCAGCACCGACACAAGGAUGUUCGUGGGAAAAUCGUGGACUACUUGGAGCAGCAUCGCGACGACUUCGAACCGUUCAUGGAAGACGAGGAGAAGUUUGACAAGUACUGCGAGCGCAUGUGCGAAGACGGCACGUGGGGCGGCAACCAGGAGCUGUACGCUGCCGCCCGCCUCUUCCAGGUCUACGUGGUGGUGCACCAAGACCAGCCCAGCGCGCGGAUCAUGUUGAUUGAGUGCGACCGCCUCAAGCCCACGCGAAUCGCGCACGUCGCCUACCACGGUGAGGACCACUACGACAGCGUGCGUUCGCUGCGUGACCCGAUCGAUCCCGAUAGUCUGCCCGUUUCAAUCGAGCUCAACUGCGAGGGCUUCCGCCCCGAGGACCUGGCCAAGGUGCGUGAGUUUGUGCGUUUCCUGGGUGAAUUUUCGCAGUCGCGACUGCGGUUACCAAUGCGUUUGGCGCCGGAGCAGCGCGUCGUUCCAAGCAUAGUCGACGGCGAGGUCGACCAACUGGCAGGCACUCUCGGCGAACAGUUACAGCUAUCCACAGCGGCCGGCAAGACGCUCAGCAAGAGGGAGCAGCGCCAACUGAAAAAGGCCGAGAAGGCUUCGCUCGACGACAGCUCUCGGCGUCGAAAUAAUAGGCACGCCUUAGGGUCAGAACGCGAGUGA